AUGUCUCGCAGGCGCACGAACCCUUCUAAUCAUCUCCGCAUUGCGCUUGCCCAUGCCUUGGGCUACGACGACUAUCCAAACGACUUGAGAGCGGAGCCUCAUCUGCGAUACAUUGAAAAUCGGCAUAUCGGGCGCGGUACGCUUGAGGAGUAUCUCGCUCUCUUCUUGCGCGUGAUCAAGCACUUCUCGGUCCAUCAUGAGAAGCCCACCGAAACCCCCGUCGGAUCGCACAGUAUUCGCGAACUCCUUGAUGCCUUUACCGGUGCCGACGGCGAAGCGAUGUUUGCGGACACGAAAGCUGGGAGUGUGUCAAGGAAAGAGGAUGUAGAGGAUACUGUUAUGUACAUGGUGGGCACUUGGGCAAUGCUGCUGAGCUCUUUCGUCCAGUUGCCCAACGGUUUUCGAAAGGUGACGCUGGCGUACAAGCUGCAGGCAGAGGUUCACAAAGAGGCAUAUGAUGAGGAUCUAGCAGGCUUACUCCGACGAAGCUAUCUGCUUCCCCGUUCUAACACGGAGUCAGAUCCUGCAAAGGCUGCGCUCGACGACGAUAUAGUGCGUACUGCGGCGAAGCUCGUCUCGUUGCUGAGUCGAAGCAGUGCGGCGGAAGGGAACAGUCUGUUAGGAACUCCUUCUAGCCGGUCCCUUUUGACCCAAUCCACUCUAGGUCCUACUAGACGCUGGGAUUCUCUUUACCAGGUAGAUGCCAUGGACUCACUGGAAGCGAUGGCGAUUAGAGCUUCCCGUCUCAACGCCUUUACACUGAACGUAUUCGCAGCUGUGGAAAUAUCAUGGACAUAUAACAUAUCACGUCAUAUGAUGCUCUCGCGCAUCGGAGGGCGGUAUGUUCUCGAGCUUUUCGCACUUCCAUGCGCUCUGAACGCAGACUCCUUGACGUCAAGUGCGGUGGGUAUCUCAUCCGAACUUGCGCAGGAGAUUCAAGAAUCAUACUUGCAUGGACGCAACCGCGCAAGCAUGCGACAAUCUGGCGUUGGCUAG